AUGGCGCAUUACAACAAGGUGUUGAAGCAAGCAGGCGAGCAGUCAUACCACCACGGCGAGGCCACCCUCCAGAAGGCUGCCUGCCUGGAGAAGCUCGGGCGGGAGGCCGAGGCCAAGAGCCUGUACGAGUCGCUCAUCCAGUUCCGCGCGCCCUACCCCAACAUCAAGCGCCGCGCCGCGCAGGCUCUCUUCGGCACGGACGCGGAGGAGGCGAAAGAGACGUCGCUGUUUGAUGAUUAUAUGUACCGCAUGUUCCUGUCGGGGUUUGGGCGGUAUAUGCCCAAGACUAAUUCCAGCCGAAAGGGUAUUGAGAGAGACACCUACCUCCACGCGCAGUCGCCGUGCCUGUGUGUAGUUCGCAUCAUCCUACAGUUCUGCAAGGAGAACGCGCUGCAGCAGACGCUACAGGCGCUGCAGGACGAGUGCCAGGUGCCGCUCAACACGGUCGACUCCCUCGAGACCUUCGCCGCUGACGUCAGUAACGGCCGCUGGGACGCCGUGCUCCCGCAGGUGGCCCAGCUGAAGCUUCCGAGAAAGAAGCUGGAGGACCUGUACGAGCAGAUCAUUUUGGAGCUGGCGGAGUUGAGGGAGACGGAGACGGCCAAGUCCAUCCUCAGACAGACGCCCACCAUGCUCGCCAUGCGCCAGGACCAACCGGACCGCUAUCUGAAGCUGGACCAUCUGCUGGCGCGGGCAUACUUCGACCCCCGCGAGGCAUACGGGGAUUCCACCAAGGAGAGGAGACGAGCAGAGAUCGCACAUGGCCUAUCGCAGGAGGUGACAGUGGUGCCCCCCUCGCGUCUCAUGGUGCUGCUAGGCCAGGCGCUCAAGUGGCAGCAGCACCAAGGUCUGCUUCCCCCCGGCACGCAGUUUGAUCUGUUCCGAGGAACAGCAGCAGUGAAGGCGGAUGAGGAUGAAGCAUACCCCACACAGCUCCUGCACACCAUCAAGUUUGGAAAGAAGAGUCAUCCCGAAUCGGCUCGCUUUGCUCCUGACGGCCAGUGCCUUGCGUCCUCCUCCAUCGAUGGAUUUAUCGAGGUAUGGGACUUCCUCUCAGGCAAGCUCAAGAAGGACCUGCAGUACCAAGCCGAGGCAACGUUCAUGAUGCAUGAGGAGGCAGUGCUGUGUGUGGGGUGGAGCCGGGACUCGGAGAUGCUGGCCUCGGGGUCACAGGACGGCAAAAUCAAGGUGUGGCGGGUGCGCACAGGGCAGUGUCUGAGGCGCUUUGACAAGGCGCACUCACAGGGAGUCACCUCGGUGGCGUUCUCUCGGGAUGGCAGGUGCACGCACGGGCUCAAGUCAGGCGAAACCCCUGUCUCAAGGAGUUCCGAGGGGCACAUGUCUUUUGUCAACGGUGCUGUCUAUUCUGAUGCUCGCCAUGUUGCCAUGUCGAACUCAUGCCCUCCCUCUGUUUCAUGCUCUCCCUCUCUUUCAUGCUCUCCCUCUGUUUCAUGCUCUCCCUCUCUUUCAUGCUCUCCCUCUGUUUCAUGCUCUCCCUCUCUUUCAUGCUCUCCCUCUGUUUCAUGCUCUCCCUCUCUUUCAUGCUCUCCCUCUGUUUCAUGCUCUCCCUCUCUUUCAUGCUCUCCCUCUGUUUCAUGCUCUCCCUCUCUUUCAUGCUCUCCCUCUGUUUCAUGCUCUCCCUCUCUUUCAUGCUCUCCCUCUGUUUCAUGCUCUCCCUCUCUUUCAUGCUCUCCCUCUGUUUCAUGCUCUCCCUCUCUUUCAUGCUCUCCCUCUGUUUCAUGCUCUCCCUCUCUUUCAUGCUCUCCCUCUGUUUCAUGCUCUCCCUCUCUUUCAUGCUCUCCCUCUGUUUCAUGCUCUCCCUCUCUUUCAUGCUCUCCCUCUGUUUCAUGCUCUCCCUCUCUUUCAUGCUCUCCCUCUGUUUCAUGCUCUCCCUCUCUUUCAUGCUCUCCCUCUGUUUCAUGCUCUCCCUCUCUUUCAUGCUCUCCCUCUGUUUCAUGCUCUCCCUCUCUUUCAUGCUCUCCCUCUGUUUCAUGCUCUCCCUCUCUUUCAUGCUCUCCCUCUGUUUCAUGCUCUCCCUCUCUUUCAUGCUCUCCCUCUGUUUCAUGCUCUCCCUCUCUUUCAUGCUCUCCCUCUGUUUCAUGCUCUCCCUCUCUUUCAUGCUCUCCCUCUCUUUCAUGCUCUCCCUCUGUUUCAUGCUCUCCCUCUCUUUCAUGCUCUCCCUCUGUUUCAUGCUCUCCCUCUCUUUCACGCUCUCCCUCUGUUUCAUGCUCUCCCUCUCUUUCAUGCUCUCCCUCUCUUUCAUGCUCUCCCUCUCUUUUAUGCUCUCCCUCUCUUUCAUGCUCUCCCUCUCUUUCAUGCUCUCCCUCUGUUUCAUGCUCUCCCUCUCUUUCAUGCUCUCCCUCUGUUUCAUGCUCUCCCUCUCUUUCAUGCUCUCCCUCUCUUUCAUGCUCUCCCUCUCUUUCAUGCUCUCCCUCUGUUUCAUGCUCUCCCUCUCUUUCAUGCUCUCCCUCUCUUUCAUGCUCUCCCUCUCUUUCAUGCUCUCCCUCUGUUUCAUGCUCUCCUCUCUUCAUGCUCUCCCUCUCUUUCAUGCUCUCCCUCUCUUUCAUGCUCUCCCUCUGUUUCAUGCUCUCCCUCUCUUUCAUGCUCUCCCUCUGUUUCAUGCUCUCCCUCUCUUUCAUGCUCUCCCUCUGUUUCAUGCUCUCCCUCUCUUUCAUGCUCUCCCUCUGUUUCAUGCUCUCCCUCUCUUUCAUGCUCUCCCUCUGUUUCAUGCUCUCCCUCUCUUUCAUGCUCUCCCUCUGUUUCAUGCUCUCCCUCUCUUUCAUGCUCUCCCUCUGUUUCAUGCUCUCCCUCUCUUUCAUGCUCUCCCUCUGUUUCAUGCUCUCCCUCUCUUUCAUGCUCUCCCUCUGUUUCAUGCUCUCCCUCUCUUUCAUGCUCUCCCUCUGUUUCAUGCUCUCCCUCUCUUUCAUGCUCUCCCUCUGUUUCAUGCUCUCCCUCUCUUUCAUGCUCUCCCUCUGUUUCAUGCUCUCCCUCUCUUUCAUGCUCUCCCUCUGUUUCAUGCUCUCCCUCUCUUUCAUGCUCUCCCUCUGUUUCAUGCUCUCCCUCUCUUUCAUGCUCUCCCUCUGUUUCAUGCUCUCCCUCUCUUUCAUGCUCUCCCUCUGUUUCAUGCUCUCCCUCUCUUUCAUGCUCUCCCUCUGUUUCAUGCUCUCCCUCUCUUUCAUGCUCUCCCUCUGUUUCAUGCUCUCCCUCUCUUUCAUGCUCUCCCUCUGUUUCAUGCUCUCCCUCUCUUUCAUGCUCUCCCUCUGUUUCAUGCUCUCCCUCUCUUUCAUGCUCUCCCUCUCUUUCAUGCUCUCCCUCUCUUUCAUGCUCUCCCUCUCUUUCAUGCUCUCCCUCUCUUUCAUGCUCUCCCUCUCUUUCAUGCUCUCCCUCUCUUUCAUGCUCUCCCUCUCUUUCAUGCUCUCCCUCUGUUUCAUGCUCUCCCUCUCUUUCAUGCUCUCCCUCUGUUUCAUGCUCUCCCUCUCUUUCAUGCUCUCCCUCUGUUUCAUGCUCUCCCUCUCUUUCAUGCUCUCCCUCUGUUUCAUGCUCUCCCUCUCUUUCAUGCUCUCCCUCUGUUUCAUGCUCUCCCUCUCUUCAUGCUCUCCCUCUCUUUCAUGCUCUCCCUCUCUUUCAUGCUCUCCCUCUCUUUCAUGCUCUCCCUCUCUUUCAUGCUCUCCCUCUCUUUCAUGCUCUCCCUCUCUUUCAUGCUCUCCCUCUGUUUCAUGCUCUCCCUCUCUUUCAUGCUCUCCCUCUGUUUCAUGCUCUCCCUCUGUUUCAUGCUCUCCCUCUCUUUCAUGCUCUCCCUCUCUUUCAUGCUCUCCCUCUCUUUCAUGCUCUCCCUCUCUUUCAUGCUCUCCCUCUCUUUCAUGCUCUCCCUCUCUUUCAUGCUCUCCCUCUCUUUCAUGCUCUCCCUCUCUUUCAUGCUCUCCCUCUCUUUCAUGCUCUCCCUCUCUUUCAUGCUCUCCCUCUCUUUCAUGCUCUCCCUCUCUUUCAUGCUCUCCCUCUCUUUCAUGCUCUCCCUCUCUUUCAUGCUCUCCCUCUCUUUCAUGCUCUCCCUCUCUUUCAUGCUCUCCCUCUCUUUCAUGCUCUCCCUCUCUUUCAUGCUCUCCCUCUCUUUCAUGCUCUCCCUCUCUUUCAUGCUCUCCCUCUCUUUCAUGCUCUCCCUCUCUUUCAUGCUCUCCCUCUCUUUCAUGCUCUCCCUCUCUUUCAUGCUAUCCCUCUCUUUCAUGCUCUCCCUCUCUUUCAUGCUCUCCCUCUCUUUCAUGCUCUCCCUCUCUUUCAUGA